AUGGUGAGAUACAACACAGCAAUACCCAAAGUAUUCAUAAACAUCAACAGCAUUUCUCACCAAAAAGGUAGAAACACCCUCUUCAGAUUCUUCUCAAGAUCACUUCCAGGUAUCAACCACGAAAGAGACACCAGAUGCAAGAUCUGUGGCCACCUAUUCAGAGACCCUUAUUCUCACCUCUUCACUCUAUGCCAAGAUAUCCUAUAUAUUGAAAAAACCAUCAUAUCAACAGUUAACAAAUUAUCAUUCAUCAAAAUCCACAGAUGGUCAAUGGAUACCUUAGACAUAUCAAAAUACAACAGAACUGAGAGAAUCUUCCCCAAUCUCAUAGGAAUAAUAGCACACCAAUUAUGGAAGAUAAUCUGUCACAAAUUGUUCAACACUGAUGAAAGCAAACCAGAGCCAAAAUUCGAACAAAAGGUCAUAGAAACAGAAUUACUAAAUCUCAUCGAAACUGAAAAAUUCAUCACACUAAAGAAAAUCAAACACGACGAAGCAAUACUAAAAAACACCAAUCAAGAUCUUCACAAAUACAAAUUCAACAAAGCCUGGCAAACUCCAGCAGCUCCGAACCCUCUUCCAAUUUAA